AUGUCAGCGGCAAUGGUAGCCGCUCGGACGCCUUUUGCUACAGGCGACUGUAUACAAGCUAUGGGCACCAGCAAUGAUAUUGAUAUCGAGACCAUGCGCGAUAGGUACCGGCGUUUUAAGGAGUUGCAGAAGCAGCUAGAGCAGUUAGAUAUCCAGGAAGAGUACAUCAAAUAUGAGACUAAAAACUUGAAGAGGGAGAUGGUUCGGGCCAGAGAGGAGAUUCAGAGAGUCCGUUCAGUCCCUCUGGUCAUAGGGCAGUUCUCUGAGAUCAUUGAUGCUGAGCACGGCAUCAUACAGAGCUCACAGGGCUCUAGUGACUAUGUCCGGAUCCUCUCCACCAUCAAUAGGGAGGACCUCAAGCCAGGAUGCUCUGUCGCCUUACAUCGACAUUCACAUGCUGUUGUGGAAAUACUACCGCCCGAGGCCGACUCUACUGUGCAGUCGGCUGCUAUGACGGAGAAACCCGAUGUGACUUAUGCUGAUAUAGGAGGUUUGGAUAUACAGAAACAGGAGAUCAGAGAGGCGGUGGAGCUGCCAUUAGUGCAGAAGGACCUGUAUGCUCAGAUUGGUAUCGAUCCUCCUAGUGGUGUUUUGCUGUAUGGUCCUCCUGGUACCGGUAAAACUAUGUUAGCUAAGGCUGUGGCCAAUCAUACUACCGCCACCUUCAUCAGGAUGGUCGGCUCAGAGUUUGUUCAGAAAUACCUAGGCGAGGGUCCACGGAUGGUGAGGGACGUAUUCCGUUUGGCUCGAGAGCAGGCCCCUUCUAUCGUCUUCAUCGAUGAGAUUGAUUCCAUUGCCACUAAGCGAUUUGAUGCCCAGACGGGUGCCGACAGAGAGGUUCAGCGUAUCCUAUUGGAGUUGCUCAAUCAGAUGGAUGGCUUCGAUCAAGACACUACUGUGAAGGUUAUUAUGGCGACCAACCGUGCGGAUACACUAGACCCGGCACUGUUACGUCCUGGUCGGCUCGAUAGGAAGAUCGAGUUCCCACUACCUGACAGGAGGCAGCGGAGGCUUAUCUUCCAAACUAUUACGGGGAAGAUGAACCUUUCUGAAGAUGUCGAUCUCGAGGACUUUGUAUCAAGACCGGAGAAGAUAUCUGCCGCCGACAUAGCGGCAAUAUGUCAAGAAGCAGGUAUGCAAGCUGUGAGGAGGAAUCGUUAUGUGGUGACGCAGAAGGACUUUGAGAAGGGCUGGAAGGAGCAUGUCCGCAAGAAGGAUCGUGACUUUGAAUUCUACGCUUUGUAG